CAGUCAGUGUGUAUCCUGCAGUUCUGACUGUCGGGGCUUUAUGUCAUCUCAGACUGCAGGUGAGGUUCUGUGUCUGAACCAUCAGAAGUUGAAAAGGAAUGGGGAAAAUACGUAGGUGUGUAUCUUCCUCUUACUUUGGGAUGACCCAAAUGAAGAGUGUCAUGCCUCGUGGCACUCAAAUGCCAAAAGGAAACAGUAAAAUUUUCAUGACAGAGGCUGAGCCAAUCCAAAACCCUCCCUGGCUGUAAAGUCUGACUGCUCUGGAGAACCCUGGACCUGCUAACGUAAAUCCAAGCAAUGUCCAAAAGCAAGCCCAGGAAGAAACCCGUUGCUGGGGAGUUACCUCGACAGUGCAGGUGCCUCCAGCCCAAGAGGUUUGUCCUCUGACGUGAGCCUCCCUGCAGCUUCCCGCCCCAUCUGCUGGGUGUUGCAGCAGCAUCUCUGCUCGGGCAGUGCCAGGGAAACCAGAGCCCUGCAGCAUCCUCUGCGCUACAGCGAUCCUUCCUGUUCAUCGGAUAUAUAUAAUAGGCUUGACAUUCGUCGCCAGGUGGAAUUGGUGCCUCAGCCAGGCAACAUGACGGCGCUGUUCGAUAACCUGUCAUGUCACCACUCCAUUGACGACUUCCGAAACAGAGUCUACUCCACGCUCUACUCCAUGAUCAGCAUUAUGGGCUUUGUCGGCAACGGCGUUGUGCUGUACAUCCUCAUAAAAACGUACCGGCAGAAGACUGCCUUCCAGGUGUACAUGCUGAACCUCGCCAUGUCCGACUUCCUCUGCGUGUGCACCCUGCCCCUGCGUGUCAUCUACUACGUCCACAAAGGGAACUGGUUCUUCGGUGAUUUCUUAUGCAGGAUCAGUUCAUACGCGUUGUACGUCAACCUGUAUUGCAGCAUUUUUUUCAUGACUGCAAUGAGCUUCUUCCGUUGCAUAGCCAUUGUUUUUCCAGUCCAGAACAUCAAUCUGGUAACAGAGAAGAAGGCUAAAUUUGUCUGCAUCGGCAUCUGGAUCUUUGUCACCCUGACAAGUGCUCCCUUCCUGCUAAAUGGGACAUACCAAUAUGACAACAAGACCAAGUGCUUUGAACCCCCAGAAGACCGUCAGAAGACAAAUCUAGUCGUGAUCCUGGAUUUCAUUGCCCUGUUUGUGGGUUUCAUUCUCCCCUUUGUCGUCAUAACUAUCUGCUACACCAUGAUCAUAAGGACCUUACUGAAAAAUUCCUUGAAGAAGAACCAGGCUAACCGCAAGAAGGCGGUCUGGAUGAUCAUCAUCGUGACGGCCACCUUCCUGGUCAGCUUCACCCCGUACCACAUUCUGCGUACAGUCCACCUCCAUGUCCUGCAGCUAAAGAAUGCCACCUGCGAGGAUGCCAUAUACCUGCAGAAAUCGGUCGUGGUAACGCUCCCCUUGGCAGCUUCCAACUGCUGCUUUGACCCUCUUCUCUAUUUCUUCUCAGGGGGCAACUUUCGGAAAAGACUUACCACGUUUAGGAAGGCUUCUUCCUCCAGCUUAACGCAAGCCUUCAGGAAAAAGUUCUCCAUAAAAGAGAAAGAUGAGGAACCUUCUGGAGAAAGCCAUAGGGAGGAUGGAAAAGCAUCUGUGGCCCCUUCAUAAGGGGGCCAGACCUUCCCCUAAGAUCUCAGAUAGGCGACAGAUAUCUCGGAACUCUUCCAGGAGAUGCGAUGGAGGCUUGCAAGCCUUCGUUGCAAUUAGAUAUGUCAUAACAACAGUGGAUGGUCCCUGAUUUUUUUGCAACUUGGUGGUACAGCUGCCGCUGGGGAUGGCCAGCCCCUUCCCCAGGAGCGCUGCUCAGACACGCACAGCCACUUAGCAUGGAGGAGCCACCGCCAGCACCAGAAAACUGUUGUUUAUGUGAGUUUAUCAUCAGAUCAAACUCUUCAAAGCCUGUGUUUGGGCACUUGCUUAGUUUAACAACUCUACAAAGAGUGUUAAUUCUCCGAGUCAGUGGGAAAUGUAAACACCGUGUUUGCUGUAUGCGGAGCUCGGGGGAGCCACUGACAGAUAAAGAGGGCAGGGUUUUCAUUCAGUCUUCAAACAGCUGCUAAAUUAUUUACACAGCAGAGGCCAGGAUAAGUCCUGCCCUGCUCCCAGCUGCUUCUGCUUUGCAUUUUGGUUUUCAGUCUAAUUAUGUGUGUAAGACUUGUGGGGUUGGUGCCCGGGUCUGCAAAUCCAGGAGCUUGGGCUUGAGCCCCUCUCCCACCCCGAACAAGCAGCUCUCCGGACGUGCUCUUGUGGGCAGCGGAUCUGCCAGCGUUUUCUGAAUUUCUAGAAAAAUCUUGCUUGUGGGAGCAGAUUUAAAAUUGCGGUAUCCUAGUGUGCAUUUGAAACUUGCUUCAAUGGGACUGGUCCCAUAAGUGAUGGCUGCAGGAUCUGGAUUAUCACCCCAGUUCUUUGGAGACUUUACCUAAAAGUAGAGGUCUGGGUGCUCAGAGUGCAGUGCAGGACCAGGUCUGCCUUUCUGAACUACUGACUGAGGGUUUUUAAAAAAAAAAAAAUAAUUAAAAAGAAUGCAGAAGUCCUUUUUAAAGAUAGCCAUAUAUGAUAUUUGUUCCUGUUCAAAAGUGUUCACCUUGCUCCUACCUUGCAGAAAAGAGAUGACCCAAGGGCCUGGGAAAGAUCUCUAGGAAGACCUGGAGAUCAAGAGUCUGAGACAGGAGUGAAUUUUAUUUUGAGUACAGCAUGAUGAAAAACCAGAUUGGGCUAUGCUUCUUAUGUAAAGAAAAACUUCAAAACUUUGGACAGAAGGAAAUAUUCCUGUGGUUUUCCAGUGAACCACAGAACUGUAGCACUGCCUGCCUUUUGCUGGAGCAAAGCCCAGCCCGAUGUGCGUGAUACAUUAAGAGAGAAAUAGUAAUUCUUGUAGAGUUAAGACUCUUAGUUGGCAAAGUGAUUGAUAAAUGAAUAGCAAGUAUGUUCUGGUAUGGUAUUUGUGAUGUUACUUGACGUUAUCUUAAAGAAAAUGGGUUUAAUACGGUGGAGUAAGAGUGCACAAAAGGAGUUUGGCUUGGGGCAGAGGUCUGCUUGAGGAAUUAUCUUUACAGAUACACAGGAGAGCAUAAGUUCACUCUUUACACCAUGGUCUGCAUCUCCCUGGUCAGCAAAAGGCACUUAAAAAAAGCAAAUUCACCUGCAGGACAGCUUAUGGAUGUGAAUUUUCAACAAGAUCCGAAACGCCUUUCAAAGACUGUGAGGAUCUGUAGGGUGGAAGAGGGCUGAAAGCCGCUCGCGUAGAGGAGUGUACAGUUCCCCCUAACCCCACGCGAGGGCAGAGCUUGUAGUUCAGCGCCAGAACCGCAGGCUGCUUUGAGAAGGCGUCUGCAAGAGCAGAGCUGGCUAAAACCUCUCUUCAGAGGUCAACAUUGAGUGUUACAGCUGUGCCUUAAAGCAUUAAAGGCGUCGUGCAACUGUAAGUAGAAAUCGUCGUGGAAAACUGCAUUUCAGGAUAUGUAGAAAUAACGUGCACGUUCCUAGACUUUAAAAUAUUGUACAGUAAAGCUAUAUAUAUGUGUUUGUGUGCUGCAAAGCAUUUUUAUUGUACCAGAGAGAUCUUUUUUUCCAUUUUAUCUUUUUUUGAGACAACGGUUAUGGCAAGAGGAAUGGCAGUUUUUUGUACAAUAGGAAAGACUAUUUAAAAAGAUUACUGAAAAUUAAAUUAAA